AUGUCUUUGCAGUAUGAUAGCCUGUCUGCCGUGUCACUUUUGCAGCGGUACUUGCAGUCUGUCAAGCAUGCACAACCUUUGUGUGAACAUCUAUCACAAGUGCUGACGAGGAUUUCUGAGCGAAUCAACACAGAUUCAGAGCUUGAGAUGCAAUGGCCGGGCCUUUUGCAGGAUCUCAAACAUUUCGUUCCAGAAGCCAAGGCUACAAAAGGAGCCAGGCUGAUGAAUAAGGCAGUACAGUAUAUGUUUGGAGAAACACUACUUGUGAGACAAAGCAAGAGGAGUAUGUGUCUUCAUUGGAAGAGUCACUUCAAAAAGUGGAAGCUGAUGACCUGUGCCAGAUUCGCUCCAUUUUCCGCCGUGCAGUGGCUGCAUUGUCUCCACCUCAGUGUAUGUCCGAAGGUGCUGCACAGAUAG